GAAACCGAACCCGUUGAACUUCCUGUCGCAGAAUUCCAUGGUGUCGAUUCCGGAAGACCAGGCGAAUGGCCAGGCGAAACCGGCGGAUCCCAUGAAGUUCGUGUCAGGUGUAUCCGAGCUGCCAUCCACUCCUGCGUACACCUGGGGUGUGCUGCAGACGCCCACGGGGACGCCAUCGGGAUAUCGCGCAUAUCAGGCCCCAAUGAUUCCGGCGGUAGCAACUCCCACGGAUGUGCAGAGAAAGACGCUCAGUCUGCAGGAGAUGAUCCAGAGCCCGAAGGUGGAGGACAAGGCGGCCCUGUUGAACAACAGCUACCAUCAACUGUGGAAUGUGCAACAGUACCCGCCGCAGGCUCCCAUGGUUCCUCAAGGGGCGCUUCACGCUGUGCCGCACGGAGCGCCUAUGGCCAUGGCCAUGCAUAUGGCCCCAGAUGCGAGCUACUCAGUGCCCCAGGCAGGAGUACCUGGCUGCGAGAUGUACAUGCCCAACAUGCUGCAGGCGCCACAUCCGCCCAUCUUUAGUAGCGUCCCAGUGCAGCAUAUGCCUCCGCCGGCUCCCAUGCUCCUGGAGCCGCCCCCUGGUGGUGCUGCCGUGACGUUGGGACUAGUGCAUGGAGGGCAGCCAAUGCCGCCAAUGCCACAGCCCCUGCCGCAGAUGUCACCCCCACUGCAGCAACCCAUGCCGCAGCCUAUGCCGCAGCCUAUGCCGCAGCCAAUGCCGCAGCCAAUGCCACAGCCAAUGCCACAGGCGGUUCCCGUAACGGCACAACCGCCCUUGCAACCCAUGCAGCCAUUGCCAAUGCAACCUGCCGCACAGCCGCUGCAAGCCCAGUUUGGGCUUCCUUCUUACGCAGCUCCGCAUGCGGCCCCAGGUGUACUGAUGACGCAUCCGGGCCUCCCGGGACAUCCGGGCCUGCCACCACCGCCUCCGACCUUUGCAGCGCCAGCGGUGGUCAUGUCUCCGAAGGCUUCGGCCCAGCCUGCAAUGACAGAGUCAGACAUCCGAAGCUUGUUGGAAACAGCCACAGCUUCGGGCAAUCCAGAGGCCAUCAAUGCGGUGGCGCGACAAGCGCAAAUGGCUGGAAUGUGAAAUUCAGAUCGCUACUGCCCCCCCCAACUUCGGCAUGAGGCGCCGUGGAAGUUAUCAAUUAUUUGAUCCAUGAAAUGAACCCUACAUGAAAUUCUUUGC